AAAAAAAGAAACGAGUAUGGUUGUGGCUUCGGCAUGUGACUAUUUAAUCAGUAGGAUUAAUUGUUCAUGUUAUCUCUUGGUCCAUCAUUUAUCUUUGGCCGGAGUCUUUCAGUCCAGUCACUGUCACCAUCUGGAUCAAAUCUUAGGAGAGCUGGGGGGAAAAGCAGACAAAAUGACAAAGGAAGAAGUAAAGAGCAAGAAGCAGGGAGAUGUUGAAAUGUCACUACCAGAUGCAAUUAUAUGGGCUGCAAAGGAUAUUGUGAAUGAUCCAAGGUUGUCAAAUCUCACACAGGAAAAAUACAUACCUAUGUGGAAGUAUGGUGCCCUUGCUCUAACCAGUGUGUAUCUGGUCUUCGGAUGGGGUGCUCAGUUGAUCUGCAAUGCCAUUGGAUUUGUGUACCCUGCAUACUGCAGUAUCAAAGCCCUAGAAUCUGUGAGGAAAGAAGAUGACACACGCUGGCUGACUUACUGGGUUGUCUUUGCCCUCUUCUCUGUGUGUGAAUUCUUCUCGGAUCUGCUCCUGUCAUGGUUCCCAUUCUACUGGCUGGCUAAGUGCUUGUUCCUGGUAUGGUGCUUCAUGCCAGUCUCCUGGAAUGGCUCAGAAUUCAUCUACAACCGUGUCAUCCAACCUGCAUUCAUGAAGCAUCAGAAGGAGAUCGACACAGCCAUGUCCAAGAUGACUGACAAGAUCAACGAGCUGGCUGACUCUGCCACACGAGUUGCUGCUGAUGCCAUCAAGAAGGAUUAAGGAGAAACUAGGUGUGUUGCUUGCGGAAGAUUAAAUGGUUGAACAUAUUCUUGCCAUCCAUAUGCUGAUGUUACAGAAGAGUGUGAAUAAUUAGCAGGUUCUAUUGAGACUGAUGUACAUAUUUUUUUUUUUUGUUAGCUUAUGAGCUUUUUCACAGAUGCACAUCUUUUUCAUGAAAGAUUUUCAGACAGUAGUCUAGUCAAAUUUGAUGCUAACACUCAAGUAUUAUUAUCUCUUCUUGGUAUGUAGGAAUGGGUCCUUUUCCAUUCUUUGUUUAAUAGCCUAAGGACUUUUACAAAGGAAAAUUUUCUUUUCUUGAGGUGUAUUCUUUUUAGAUGAUACAUAAAGGAAAAAUAUAAACGUGUUACUAUAUUUUCUUUGUGAGUUGGGUGGUUACUGUCUUCCCAUGCACAUCCCUCGUUUCUUUGCACAAGUAUUCUUUAAAGACCAAAGGUUUGUUAAGGCUGUAAUAUGAUGAUGCAUAACUUCAAUAUGUAUACUUUUCAUAAUGGGCAUUAUCUUUCAUUCUAGGAAUAAACUUUUCCAAUUUAU